AUGAGUAUACGCAUGCUUCUCGCAGGCCUGGCCUUUGGCCAAACACUAGGCCUCAAGACUCAAGUGCCCUUAUUCGAAUCAUGCGCCGCAAGCCCGCUUCUCCCAGACUCCCAACUCGCCUGCAGCAAACCCACAGUCUUGACCUCUGGAGGGUCGCCUGCCCUGGACAAUCUCGCCGGAAAUCGCACAGCGAAGCCGCCCAAGAAGGAUAUUUGGCGUUCGGACGAAGGCUGGCAAGGCCCUCAUUCCUGCGCGGGAGCGUACUGCGCCUACUCGCGGCCAUCCUUCGCCAAUGGCCGCGGCAUCGUCCUCGUGAGCACGGCGUACAACGCCGAAGAGGCGUCUCAUCUAGCGGCUUUUGCAAAAGAGUCGAUCAAGGGUGAGGGCGACAGCGAGCUGUUCCGCGUGGUGGAGAUGCCCGGCAAGGGGCUGGGUGUUAUUGCGAACCAGCAUAUCCGGCGUGGGCAGCGGAUCAUGGCUCAUCCGCCGGCUGUUGUUGUGCACCGCAGAUUCGUUGAUGAUAUUGAUCUGGAGAAUCAGUACCGUCUGCUUGAUGUUGCCGCUGGAAAGCUUCCGCGGGAUACUCGAAAGGCUUUCAUGGCGCAGAUGGGUCAGUCUCGCGAGCAUCAAUCUACGGGACACAAGGUGCACGAUAUCAUGCACACCAACUCAUUUGAGCUUGGCCUUGGGAUCAGAGAUGGUCAUCACUUUGGUAACUACCCAGAGGUCUCGCGCUACAAUCAUGAUUGUAGACCCAACGUCGCCUUCUAUAUUGACGACUCAGACAUGCGGCACUACACUCAUGCCAUCAAAGACAUUCAGCCUGGUGAGGAACUUACAAUCUCCUACGUCGACUCCCUCAGCUCCCGUGCCGUCCGCCAAGAUCGAGCUCAGCGCAACUGGGGCUUCGGCUGUACCUGUCAGCAAUGCAGUCUCUCCGAGGCAUUCAUCCGCUCUUCUGAUCAACGCCUCGGCAAGAUGUGGCAAAUCGAGCAGCAAAUGAGUCACUGGAACGGCGCAAAAGUCGACGAGGAGAUGAUUGAGGAGCUUAUUUCGCUCUACCGGCAAGAACAGCUUGACCAAUCUCACGGUUCGGAUGCAUUCAGACUUGCUGCAUUGAAUUAUAAUUCCUUGGGAAUGGAGAAGGAGGCGCUUGAGUAUGCAAAGCUAGCUGAAGAGCAAUUUUUGCUGGAGAAGGGUCCACGAGCGAAGCAGGUUCAGGAUAUGAGAGACUUGAUGCAGAGCCCGAAGGAGCACUACAGUUGGCGACAAAGAGUUUGA